GCCAGCUCGCUGUUGCGUGGAAGGCAGGGAAUAAACCGCUAAUACCCUGAGGACUCGGAGGAGCGCACAGCGGCUUUCAGCAUCUCGCAGACCUACAGGGAACGUGUUUUUUUUACAUUUUGCACCAUGGCGGUCCACCGCCUGCCACUCAAAGGCAGGUGGGGCGGCGGCAGGUGAAGUUUUAAGACGUGCGGUCUGGACGUGUGGGGAAUGAAAGUGUGGCUUCUUACUCGGGAGCAUGCCGCCCAAGAAAAAGGGAGAGCGCCAGGACACGGACGCCACCGAGGAGAGGAACGCCCAGGUUCAGUUGGAGAAAGCUAAGUACAAGGCCGUGGCCUUUGCCGUACGCUGCAACUUCUCCUACACGCCGGCGGAUGACGACAACGUGCCAGUGCCGGGCCAGGCAGUCACCUUCGAGGCCAGAGACUUCCUCCACGUCAAAGAGAAAUUCAACAAAGAGUGGUGGAUUGGGCGGCCAGUUAAGGAGGACAGCGCGGUGGGCUUCAUCCCCAGUCCGGUCAACUUGGAAACCAUCCUGAUCCGAAGAGAAGUCCAGGCCAGGAAGGCUGCCAAGGCCUUGGCAAACAAAGCAUCCUCACAAGUGGCUCAAGAUAUGAACUCCAAAAAGUACACGCCUCCUUCUCAAGCCAAUCAGCAGGUGAAAAAGAAGCCGGGGGAGCAGGUCUCCAUGUACGACGUUGUGCCUACCAUGCGUCCCGUGGUCCUGAUGGGACCCUCACUGAAGGGCUUAGAGGUGACGGACAUGAUGCAAAAAGCUCUCUUUGACUUUUUGAAACAUCGAUUUGAAGGCAGGAUCACCAUCACGCGGGUCACGGCAGACAUCUCUCUGGCAAAGCGCUCCAUACUCAACAAUCCUGGAAAAAAAGCCUUAAUUGACCGCUCCAACACUCGCUCCAAUUUAGGUACUUUUACUCAACUCCUCAUUAGGACUUAAUUAUGCA